GCGGGAAAGCAAAAUAAAUAAAUAAAAGCGGCAGUUCCCGAAUGCUUUCACACAUACAUGUAUUUCCGAGCCUAAAAAGUGGAGGUGUUUCUUGGCACCUCUCUAAGUGUACAGUAGUGGUGCAACCAACCCAUACAAACACAAACUUCCAACUCGUCCCGAGAGUUAGAUCCCGGCCACUUCGGUCUUGGUGGGCGUCUCCUUGCUCUCAAGUGGGCGGACACCCCGCCAGCCACUCUCGGGGUCUGCGGGUGUCAGCGUCCGAUCACAGUCGCGCAAAGGCUGCCCUCGCCCGAAGACGCGCCUUUGAAGGAGCAACCGAGCGCUGCUCCCGGUCCACGGACUCAUGGCGACGAGCAACCCGCCGCUUCUGCCCCCGCCGGGGCUGUCCGUUUCGAUGCCCAGAGCACCCCCAGCAGGGGCGGCGGUCCCUAUGCCGCCCACCUUCCUUCGCCCUCCCAGCUUCUUCAUGCGCGCCGCGGCCGCCGCAGCUGCCGCGGCCGCCGCAGCCGCCGCCUCGGCGGGAAAUCCUUCCAGCUGCUACGCGCAGGCGGCGGUGGGGCUGGAGCGCGGCGUGUGUUACCCGCGCACGCCGAAGUGCGCCCGCUGCCGCAACCACGGCGUGGUGUCGGCGCUGAAGGGCCACAAGCGCUUCUGCCGCUGGCGGGACUGUGCGUGUGUGAAGUGCGCGCUCAUCGCGGAGCGGCAGCGCGUGAUGGCCGCCCAGGUGGCGCUGCGCAGGCAGCAAGCGCAGGAGGAGAUCGACGCGCGGAGCGGAGGCGGGACUCACCCCAAUCAGCAGCAGAAGCGGACGCCUGUUGCGGUCCGCCUGAGCCCGGAGAGGCAGGCUGCCGGCGGCGCCAGAGCUGAAAGCGAGCCGGCUCCCAAGAGUUACUGCCCGGAGUUCCAGCGCGGGCGAAGAGAAGAGAAGAUUCAGAAGUACGGCUUUUACUGCAGUGAAUCGGACAGUUCUGUCGUCCCUUUACUUAUACCCUCUCUGACAUCUUCUCCUGAAGCUGCUGGAAGCAAUCAAGAGAAACCAUCCGGGAUGCAGGCUUUAAGCAAAGAGAUAUCUUUAUCGGGUCCUGAUGAAUCUUUAGAAGGAACUGACAGCCCAGCCUCUCUGUCUUCUUCAGACAUGGAAUCAGGAAAUGAAAGCGAGUGUACCAAGGAUUUUGUUCCCUGUAAUGCCAGCGUCCCUCCUCCUCCUCCUCCUCCUCCUCCUCCUCCUCCUCUUCCUCCUCCUCCUCCUCCUACUGAUGGUGCCUUCAAGCGCAGAGACCCACUUAAUAUUCUUACAAAGGUCUUUCCCAGUCAUAAACCAAGCAGGUUAGAAAGAGUUCUGCAGCUCUGCAGAGGAGACAUAGUCCAAGCUAUAGAGCAGAUCCUGAAUGCCAGCGAACACAGGCCAGGAUUCAGAGAGCUUACAAUUCCAGUCUUGCCCGAAUGCAGUGCUUUCCAGAGAUCUUCUGAUUUUGGCCUCGGAGUAGAUGUCGCAGCACUUGGCAAUAAAUCAGCAUUUGCUCCUCUUCAAACCAGCUCGGCUUCUUCCAGAAGAGAGAUGAAUUUUUAUGGCUUAAGCCCUAGACUGGGAAUUGGACCUCUAACAGUGACUUAUUCUUCUCCAGGAAGAACUUUGCCUGGAUUGAUGGCACCAUACCUAAGGACUGGCUUGUUUCCCGCUUUUCCUUUUCAUCCAGUGGUGGAUUCUUCCUUUCCAGGAGUGAUCAAAGAUGCAUCUUACUUACCCAGUGAAGACAGGCUUUUCAGUACCAAGAUGCACACUAGGUUAAAUGAAGAACGCAAAUAGAAUUUUGAUCAAAACAUACUUUUUCUUAUUCCAAUUCGUUCAGUUGGGCUGAUAACUCGUUGUGGAGCCCGAUUCUUAAAUGUACAUCCAAUAAAGAGCAAAUUAAUAUUAAAUCCUUCAUUAUAAAAAAACAUAGGCUGCCACAGGAUUCUUUCCCAAAAAAAUCAGUUGAACUUGGACAUAAAAUAGUUUGAAAAUGGAGAGAUUUCUGGAGUGUCAACAGUGAAAAAUUAUUAGAAGCAAAAUUGCUAUGGAACAUUAUAUGAAUCUUUGGAAGAGAAAAAAGGUGACACUUGGAAACUGGAAAUUGAAAAUCCAAGAGUAAUGUGAAAAACUCCAGAAAAUCAAAGCUGUGGAAUUGUCUUUUACAUUUUCAAAAUAUUUGAUACAUUUCCUUUUUUGACUUGAAAUGUAGUUGUUUGAAAUCAAGAAAUAAUUUUCCAAAUAUAGACUCUUGAUUUUUUUUAAUGAAACGGUUCUUGAAAUAGGUAGUACAUGUCUCUGAUCAAUUGUUGUAACAAAAUUGGUAAAGGAUUUUGGAUAUAAGCAGUCUGUUUAGAUUGAAGGUAUUAUGCCAUAAUUGUGUUUGCAUAUGGAUAGAAGACUUGAAGGAAUUGCCUGGUUAAAAAAUAAUUCUGAAUUAUGCUUUAGAAUAAUGUGAUUGAGAUUCAAGCUCAUGUACUUUUCUCUUAACAUAUAUGAAUAAUA